CGCGGCGGAGAGUCGGGCUGGGCCGGGCCGCGCCGCGCCGGGCGGGACCGUGAGGGCGGCGGGAUGCGUCUGUCGGUGCUGGCCGCCAUCUCCCAUGGCCGCGUGUUCCGGCACCUGGGGCUGGGCCCGCGGUCGCGCCUCGACCUGCUGCGCAACCUGGUGACGGCGCUGGUGCGGCACGAACGGAUCGAAGCGCCCUGGGCGCGGGCCGACGAGAUGAGGGGUUACGCCGAGAAGCUUAUCGAGUACGCCAAGCUGGGUGACACCAACGAGCGCGCCAUGCGCAUGGCAGACUUCUGGCUGACGGAGAAGGACCUCAUCCAUAAGCUGUUCAAGGUGCUGGCACCCCGGUUCCAGCCCCACUCCGGCAACUACACCCGCAUGCUGCAUAUUCCCAACCGGGAUGGCCUUGACCGUGCCAAAAUGGCAGUCAUCGAGCUCAAGGGAAACCCGUUGCCACCGCUUAUCCGCCAGCGCCGCGACAGCGAGAAGACGCUGCUCAACCAGCUCCUGAAGGGCUACAGGGAGGACAUGCAGCAGGCGGCAGCCCCACAGGCCUCCGGGGGCACCCCGGUGUAGGCAGCCCCCUCUGCCCCUGGGUGCACAGGGACGGGGCUUGGCAUCAGCAACCCAUGCACCAACCAGCCUGUUGCUGUCCUGGAGUGUGUGGAGGCAUGGUGUCCUCAAGGUUGAUUACUACCCUUGAGUUGCCAUGGUGGAAGCACAAGGUACUUGCUUCUUCGUGUGGUGUGAAUAGUGUUGGCAAAGAGAAGGAAAUCA